UUUCAACUGCGGCGAGGGCACCCAGCGGGCCAUGCAGGAGCACAAGCUGAAGAUCUCCCACCUGGACAGCAUCUUCCUCAGCAGGGUGGCCUGGGCCAAUGUUGGGGGGCUGCCAGGUAUGAUUCUCACCUUAAAGGCUAUAGGGCUUCAGAGAUGUAUGUUCCUGGGGCCACCAAAGCUGCAAAACUACUUGAAGGCCAUUCGCCUCUUUCCGGGGCCUCUCAAAAGGAUGGAUUUAGCUGUGCAGUUGCACACAGAGCCCGAGUACAAGGAUGAGACAAUGACAGUCUACCAGAUACCUCUGACAGAAAAACCACUGGCUGCUGAAAGUAAAUUGCCCCAGAGUCCUGGAGCAUCAACCCCAGGUGAAAACAGCCCUAAAGGGGACACAGCGCCUGGAUCCCCGAGAGCUGCACAGCAAAGCUUGGAAGAGAGCAAAGGAAAUGAAAGCCCCAAGCAAACAGGUGGUGAGCAGAAGUGUGCAAGUAGGAAUGCUGACCUGGUGAUGGCUUUUCUUUGUAAAAUUCACCCAAAGAAGGGGAAAUUCCUGGUAGCUAAAGCCCAGGAGAUGGGGCUGCCAGUGGGAACUCCAGCCAUCCUUCCCAUAAUUACAGCUCUCAAAAAUGGGGAGAGCGUCACUUUUGAAGGCAAAGAGCUAUUCCCUGAAGAGCUGUGCACCCCCACGGAUCCUGGCCCUGUGUUCCUGGUGCUGGAGUGUCCCCACGAGGGCUUUGUGGAUGCUGUGUGUGAGAACGAGACCUUCUGCAGGUACCAAGAGGGACUUCCUGAGAACCAGGUGGCCUUGGUUAUUCACAUAACUCCUGAGUCAGUGCUCCGAGACAGCCGCUACCAGCAGUGGAUGCAGAGAUUUGGCCCCGGGACUCAGCAUCUGGUGCUCAAUGAAAACUCCUCGGCCGUGCACAACCCGCGCAGCUACAAGAUCCAAACUCAGCUGAACCUCAUCCACCCUGAGAUCUUCCCUCUGCUCACCACCUACCAGAGCAAGGAAGCAGAGGCCGAGUGCUGGGUGCCCAUCGUGCGAGGGGAGUGCCUCCUCAAGUACCACUUCAGGCCACAGCAGGAGUGGCAGAGAGAUGCUGUGACUGUCUGUGAUCACAACACCUUUGUUAGUGAAGCCUUGGACCUCCCUGACUUCCAGACCCGUGUGAAGGAGUGCAAAGAGAGCCUGUCUGCUGUACCAGCAAAUGUGGAUGUUUAUCCUGAAAUUGUGUUCCUGGGAACAGGAUCUGCAAUUCCAAUGAAGAUCCGAAAUGUCAGUUCCACACUGGUGAAUACCAGUGCUACCCGAUCCCUGCUCCUGGACUGUGGAGAAGGAACCUUUGGGCAGCUGUGCCGUCACUAUGGAGAGCAGGUUGACCAAGUGCUGUGUAACCUCGUGGCUGUGUUUGUGUCCCACAUGCACACGGACCAUCACUCGGUGGGUUCAGUGUGGGAGGGGGCUCUGUGCACGUGUGCUCUGCUCUUUGGGAGCAGCUGGAGCUCCAGCUGAUGAGUGUGGGCUGCCCUGCUCUGCAUUCCUCUCUGCAUUCCUUCCCCAGGCACUGCUCCAUCUGCCUGUGUUUCUAAUUCCCUCUCCCUCCCCGUUUGGAGUCCCUGGAAUCAUCCAGAGUUGUAAUUUUUUAGUAGUGUCCAACCCACCCCCCUCUACUGUUUGCAGUAAAGAGUCACAGAUGGACCAGCUGAUCUGUUCUAGACUGGGCCUGAGCAGGACAUGGUGUGUGCUGCUCUGUUCUCUGGCCAUCACACUGGCCACUGAGGAGCUGGAUAGGGACUUACUGCUUACUGCUCUCCACCCUUCUGGGAAACGUUGAGGGCCUUGGGGGCUUCUGGCCACCAGCUUGGGGCAUAAGCAGUGUCAGUGUCAGCAGCUCAGCAAGUUGCAGUUAUUGAAAAGCAGUAAACAAGGAUUUCUGACUGCAGGUUUGUUCUGACUCCAGGCUUGCUGAGCUGUGGUAGCACUGUUGCCAUUCCCUCCCCAGGCAUUUCUGACUGCAGCCUCUGUCCUGUUUGUUCCC